GCGGUUUGGCUCCACUUCCCUCUAAAGAAUCGCUCGCCCAUCUUCACAAGAGCGCACGGCACCUUCACCACAAUAGCAUGUCACGGCAGUCUCGUAGUCUCUCCGGCCAGCCGUUUUCGAUCGACAACGACAUUCUUCUUCGCACUGUCACGGCAGCGCGGCAGUGGUGUGGAAGUGUCUGGGUGCCGGCGAAGUUGGCCGCACGACUCAACCUGCCCUUGCGCCCGGACACGGCCCCGCCGGUGCUACUCAGCAGCUCCAACGGGUCCGGCUUCUUUUAUCAUGCCGAGCAGUUCGCCGCACCCCUGUCGGCGCUGCAGGAAGCGUGGGAUAACUUUUCCAAAGGUGAAGGUGCCCUCGCCGAUCCUCAUCACACGGAAUCCCCUUCAAAUUCGGUGGCGCCUAGCGCUGUGUCGCCGCUCAGCACCAACGGCGAGCGGUUUGACCGGGAAACGGAGACGCGUAUGCUGCGGUGCGCUAACGGUUUGCGAAACGCAAGCACCUACUGGGCAACAGCGGCAGAGGCCACCUACCUCUAUAACAGACCCUUCCAUGAAGCCUACUUGGCGGACACCACACACGCCGUGUACGCAAACGCUUCCCCUCUCUGCCGCCCUGUGGCCUUCUACAACGUGGAGGGGACGAUCGAUCCGGCACACUUUACGAAGGAGACGUGCUGCCGCUAUGACCCGGUGAACUACGAAGGCAGGUUCUACAAGCCAUGCGUGGCGGUAACGAUGAAGGCAUUUGCUCUCCGCCAUCACUGCCUGCACGAGCGGCAAUGGAUCACGACGCGUCGGGCCAGUGCGCUUGGCCUCUCCGCUCCUCGCGUGUUCACACCCGUCUCUUUCUUUAAUAUGUCGGUGCAUCUCAUCAACGUUGCGGUGCUUAAAAGAAGCGCACUCAUUCGCGGCCGUGCGGUGAGCUCGUCUGUCUCACCGGCCGGCGUCGGAACUGAGGCGGAGAGCGAAAGCGAACUGGAACGUACGUUGUUGAUGUCUUCGAACUGCUGCGUUGAAAGUACGCCUAAGAAGCAGGUGUUGGCCACUCCAACUCAGCUCUUCUGA